AUGCCGCGACGACCGCCGCCAACCCAGCAUACCACAAUUGGUGGACUCAGGAUCAGAAGGUCAAGGGCCUUCUCCUCACCUCCAUGGAUGAGGAUAUUGCAUGCCAGCUCAUUGGCUGCGAGUCGGCGCAGGCGGUAUGGACGGCCAUCGGUGCCAUGCAUGUUCGGCGCGCAGAGCCGCGCCAACGUCCGUCACAUCCGGCGUCAACUCCAGACGCUGAGGAAGGAGGAGCUGUCCGCGGCUAAAUACAUUCACAAGAUGAAGGCCUUGGCCGUCACCAUGGUCGCGGCCGGCUCCCCGAUCCGUGAUGAUGAGCUCAUCGAUCACAUCCUCACAGGACUUGGCUCUGCCUACAACUCCAUCGCCGCCUCCCGGGGUGUGAGUAAUGCACCUAUGCCCUACUCCAGUUUCUACUCGCUCGUUUUGUCGUUCGAAGCGCUGCAGGCCCAGCAAAGUGCGGCGGAGGGGUGGUCUCCCUCUGCCAACACCGUGACCCGCUCGGGUUCAUACGGCACCAGAAGACGUGCGCCCUACUCGGAGCCCUACCCCUCGCAUGGUGGGGGUCGCCCGGGUGAUGGGAACGGCCAGCCGGGGCAAGGCCGCGAAGGUGGCAACGACGGCACCAACGGCGGCCGCGACCGCAACCCUGGUUACGCCUGCAAUGGUCGGCAAGGUGGCGGGGGCAACGCGGGCAACAACGACGGUGGUGGCCGUCGCAAUACUCGUUGGCGCCCCAGGUGCCAAAUCUGCAAGAACUGGGGCCAUGAGGCCGAUGAGUGCCGCAAGCGCUAUGACCAGGACCACAACACGUGCUCCGCCAACUCGGCCUCCACCAGCACCGUCGACUACCCUUGGGUUCACGAGUGCUAUGAUGGCAAGGAUCAGGUUCAGGUGGCUAAUGGUGCAGCAGUCAUAACCCUCAACCACAAGGGCUCAAUACUUAAUCAAAAUAAGAUCUUCCACUGA